AUGGUUUGGGCUGAAGCUCUGGAGUGCCACUUAACCUGGGAUCUGGUCCUCGGCAGGCCAAAAUUUUUGCGUCUUAAAGACAUGCUGGAGGACAUCGGCACAGAGGAGGGAAACAGGUGGCUUGGCCACAUCUACAACCUGCAGGGGUUCAUUCAGUACAAGCUGGGGUUUAAAUGAAGAUGCAAGAGUUUGUUCAGCAAGGCUGCAGAGGCCUUCCAUGAGCUGAGACAUGCAGAUGGUCCCUGGUUGUUGGUGAACUAUGGGAACCUGGCCUGGCUGCACCACCACCUGGGAGAUGAAGCAGAGAGUCAGGCGUACCUGUCAAAGGUUGAUGCCCUGAAGAAAAAUCACCCAUCUCCAUCCCGCGAGCUCCAUCCAGAGGUCUACGCUGAGAAAGCCUGGACCCUGAUGAAGUUCAAUGCACAAGAAAAAGCGCAGGCUACAGAUUACUUUGAGAAAGCCAAGAUGCAGCCAGACAUGGUGGAGUGGAACACCAGCCAUGUCUUAGGUUUAGCGAGUGCCAAAAAGCAAAGCCCCACAGGGGUGGAAGAUGACCUCUUGGAGAAAAUGAGAGCUGCAAAGGAACAGGAUCCUGAGAACCUGUACCUGGCUGUUCUCUACCUUCUGCAGCUUGCCCAGAAAGGUCAAAAAAUUGAAAAUGAGGCACAUGAGUUAGGAGGACAGAUCUUGAGACAUCCUGUCAGCAGCUACAGUGGGAUAAGGCCAGUACUUAGUCUUUACACAAACUACAUAUCUGUUGAUGAGGCCAUUGAUUUGGCAGAGAAGGCUCUGGAAAAGCAUCCAGAUGAGCGUUAUCUUAAGAGGUGUGUUGCACUCUGCUACAAAUGGAAGAUUCUUUUCUUCAGGGAUAGUCAUCCAAGAUCAGGCAUGAUAGAAAGAGCAAUCAGUCUGCACAGGGAGGUGAUUUCUCUUUACCCUAAUUCUUCAUUUGUAAAGAAAAUAGACCUUGCAAAUAUAUACGCAAAGGAGUGGCGGCAAGGCUAAGCCGAGCAGAUAUACCAGAAACUUCUCCGCAGAAAUCUGGAACCUGCAGAAAAACAAGUCCUUUACAACCAGUUUGCAAGGCAUUUGCACUUUGAUAAACAAGAUACCAAUGGGUCCAUACAGUUCUACAUGAGGGCUGCAGCAACACAAAAAUCCUUCUACCGUAACGAAAGCAUCAAAGCUCUGAAGAAAAAAAGAUACCAAACCUGGAACCGAAGGUCUAAAGACAUAGAGGAGUUUCUGGCGAAGCUGCCAGAGUAGUUGUUAUCUGCAACGCUCGAUGUAGAAAAGUCUGUAAGUACUCGUUAAUCUAAUUGUAUAUUAGAAGUACUUACAAUACACGAAGUUUAGAUGGAAGAGAUACAUUUAAAGACAGCACCGUCACACCAAAUUACAAUUGUCACCUCUUACUGCAGAUCAGUGGGAUGUAAUGCUAAAGCAGUCAAUAUGAGUCUCUAACUGGGUCAGAUAUAAAACUAUUCAAAUGAAAGUCAUACACAGAGCUUACAUUACUCCACAAACUUUAAAAAAUGUUUAUCCAAAUACUUCUGACCUGUGCUGGUAUGGUUGUGGUGGGAUUGGUACACUUAUGCACUUACUGUGGUCUUGUUCAAUGGUUUGAAAGAUUCUGGACCCAGGUAAUCGAUAUUUUACAGGUUUAAUGAAUGUACAUAUCCCUCAAACGCCUGGAUGUAUAAGAAUAACAUUUUUUUAAAAGUACACAAUGUUAGGGUUGUGUAAAAGGUAAUGUAAUAUAUAAAAGCUAUUUUCUACCCUGCAGGGUUUACAUUACAUGUGCUUUUUCAUAUUGAAUUGAUGCAAUGAUGUUUUUCUUAACUCUUAUGGAGCCAGUGCGUCAAAGCUUGUUUUCUUUUUGGUUUUAAAAAGUUUUUGUGUGUAAGAAAAUGAAUAUGUGAAACUUUAUUUGCUGUGAACUUUUAAAAGUUUAACUUUUUAUCUGGGACAAUUUCAGAGUGCAAUCUGCAAAUGUUAAUAAUAUAAAGUAAAUGUUAUUUUACAUGCCUGACAUUACCUUGGAAGAAGCUGUAGGAGCCAUUGUAAAUUAAUCUGAUGUUUUUUACCAAGUACAUUUUGUUAUGAGUGAGGCCAGUGAUCAAAUAAGGCGUGUGGAAAGUUUUUCUUCGAGUUUGUUGCCGCAUCAUGAUGAAUGCUUCAUGACAAUGUUCUAAUUUAAGCCUGUUUUGAGUUGUUUUUUCGUUUAAGAAUUUGGAAAUAAAAGCAAUGGUGGAAGUUUCAA